CUUUAACAGCUUGAACUGAAGCUACCGGGCUUAUUCCCUUUAAUUCAUACUCGACCCUAUUGCUCGGCUUUUCUGAAGUUAUGUGUCCGGUGGAGUCAACACAGAGGCGCGGAUGACUUCCACAGAAAUAAAACCACCGCCUUCGUCAGAUAGAGAAACUGUAAACCAACUGACCUACCUGGCCGACAGCCUCACCCAUCAUAAUGUCCCCUUCAGUCUGUUGACGCUGACAGCUUCCCUGACGCUGUGCAGAGGGAGGCAGCUGGAAGCUAGCUGGCUAGCUAGCAUGCAGCACUGGCCCGGCGCUUCCAGGAGGCGGCGCUGCUGAGAGGCGAGUGGUCGGUGCUGAGCGUGUGUCUGUCGAACCGGCCAUGGAUGAAUUCUCCACCAGGACGUACGGCACUAGUGGCAUGGACAACAGACCUCUGUUCGGGGAGACCUCGGCACGGGAUCGAAUCAUCAACCUGGCAGUGGGGGGAUUUACGUCUGUGGUUGUUUUAGUGACUGUGAUCAGUUCGUUCGUGUUUCCCUCGUUGCCUCCGCGACCGCUCAACGUCUUCUUCGCCGUGUGCAUCCUGCUGGCCUGUGGAUCCACUAUAGUGCUGAUAUUCUGGUACCGGCAGGGCGACCUGGAGCCUAAAUUCAGGAAUCUGAUCUACUACAUGCUGGUGUCCAUCGUGCUGCUGUGUCUAUGUGCCAACCUCUACUUCCACGAUGUCAGGUAAAGGCAGGGGCGAGGAAGAGGAGGAAGAAGAAGGGAAGACAUGGCCUUGACGGGCGGGAACAGGCGUGGAAGGACUACGUGGAGAAACAGACUGACCAACCUGAAACUGCAGAAGACUCCUCACACACUAACAUGAAUGAAUUUCCCACCUGACCUGCAGCAAACUGGAGAUGCUCGGACCAAAACCGGUCAGACUUAAUGGUUCCAGUGGGAUGAAAACUGUCAGACUUGUUGGUGCUGAAACAUAGUGCACUGCACACACACACACACACACAGAUGUCACAGUGUAGAAGGCCAUAACUCUGCCUGGAGACACACAGCUCUUGAGUUGAAUCAGGUGUGUUUACAUGCACAUAAACGUUAUUGACAGUCUCACUUUUCACAACAUCAAGCACUUAUGAGAGGAUGCGGAGGCUCUGAUGUGAUGAUGCAGCAGUAAAAGGAAAAAUCUGCCUUUAGUCCUGCUCCUGUGGGUCCCAUCCAGUCUGUCUUCUGUUAUAUUGUCUGAAUUUUGUGUUAUUUUUAUGUGUUACAGGUAUAUUUAUAUCUUGAAACCGCUGUCAGAAACAAAGGGGCCAAAUUUUGCGUAUAUUACAUAAACCUCACCGGAUAAUCAAGAGACAAGCCGUGUCCCAUUUCAAGCAGCGUCUCCUUCAGAGUUUGUUUUUCAAGUCUGCGAUGACGACUUCACAAUCAUUCCAAAUGUUCCACCAGACUCCAGCCCAGAUCCCCAAAUCUGCUGCCUGUGGUACAUUCAGGGUCAGACAAUAUCGCCUCGCAGGAUCACAGGAAGUGGACUGAUGAAGAAGCCACAGCAGGGUGUAAAUGAUGGAGGUCUGACAUAUUGAAUGUCCCAAUUCUGUACUGCACACUUCUAACUGUCAAAAUAUACGAGAGAAACUCUCUCUUUCUUAUAUUUGCAGUAUGUGCGCUCAUAGCCAUCAAAGUGUUUUUCCAAAGAUUAAAUAUUUAUUUUGAAAGCUCCGGUUUCCAUUUUUCCAGUUGUGAGCAGCGCCUUCACUUCCUGUGUGUGUUGCAUUGUGGGCGACAUUGUACACCAGCAGCACACUCACAAAUUAAACCUUUUUCGUGUACGUGUAGACGUGUCGUACAGAAUUGGGCUACAGUCAUUCUCUACAGUUUCUGCUUGUUUGCACCCUGGCUGUUGAUUAUGUGUUUGGACAUAGUGAGCUGUUGCAUUCCCUGUUUUCCAUCAUGUCGAGCUAAAGCUCCACAUGUGAUUGUGUGGCACAGUGGUGACAGGAGAUCAGACGUCAUAGCUGCAGUCUGCUGCGUUUUUUUGACCACAGACGGACAGAAGAAGAAGAAGAAGAAGAAUGAUUUGGAGUUAUGCUUGAAAUGAAUUAAUCAUCAAAAUCGGUGCAGAUUAAUCCACCGUCAGUUUACUGAUUGAUUAAUCGACUAAUGGCUGCAGCUCCACAACUAACUCGGACCAAAAGUGAAGUAAAAUCAGAUGAAAGGCGUGUUUUGAAAAUGCACCACAUUGAGCUUCUUGGUAAUAAACCUGGAAGCUGUCAGGUUUGAGUUGACGGAGGCGCCCUGAAUGCACCAUUAGAUUUGCUCUGAGAGUGGGAUCGUGGUGAUGCUGCCGUGACUCCUCUGCACGCCAUCUGAGUCAGGCAGGAGGAGCCCUUCAGUCCUCAGAAACCACAUGGACAGCUGGAUUCUUGAGGCCAUGAUUGGUUUCUUAUCGAACCUCUGAAUCUUUUCAGAAAUCUGAGAACACGUUUCUGAAUUUGCUGCUGCAGGACGCAUCAACUCCAACAGGGUUUUAUUUGGAUUUUUUAACAGGGUGGAUUUUCCCUUUAAUCAGGAUGGAGAUUAUGAGCAUGUAAACACACCGAGUGAAGCGAGUGGGCUGAUUGAUCCUCCUCUCCCCUUCACGACUGUAGACUGUCGUACAAACUAGCUAACACAGCAAUAGCACGAGCAGCUUCAGGGUUCUGUGGCGAAUAUAUGCAACAGUUUGUUUUCUUUGCGUCUUUUCUGCUCUCUCAGCUUAUCUGAUGGUUGGAUUUCAUGAAUUUUCCAAAUGAAGUCUUGUUAAGAGGAUUUUUUUUUUAAUUUGAAACUCAUUUAAAUGCUGAAGUACACUGACUGCCAAUUCUUCCACUAGAUAUUGGUUGACUUACACUUUUGUCUAAGCCAUACAUGCAUGGACACACACACACACACACACACACUCAGGCCAGCUGUAGCACCAAUGAACAUGAAUGGGAACAUCCACGUGGCUUUACACUGCACAGCAGAUGUUUACAUGGAUCUGUACAUGUUUCUGUAUCACAUUGAUGUGUCUGCCAUCUAAAUUUUGCACAAAUAAGUCUGCCAUUUACAAACUGAGCUGGGUCCAGUCCAGGUCUGUAGCACGAAGUAGCUUUAAGUGUGUUUUUACAUCGAAAAUGAGAAUUCUAAUCAUGAAAACGCCUGGUAUUUUAGGUCUGUGCAGCUCACUGUGUUAAACAGGUUUGGUUUGGAUGUUGCUGGUUUACGGACUGAUGCCUCUGUAGCUGCUUUAGAGACCCUCAACGUGCAAGUAAAGGAAAAGCUGUUUCCAAAUGCACCAAACCUGGGUGGGUCAACAGGACAAAACAUCUUUUAAUCUGGAAUUGAGCACUUAUUAAUCUGAUGAUUGAUUUUCUUGAUUGUUUGGUUGAGAAAUGUUAGAAAGAUAUUUUGUUUUGUCCUACCAAAAAUCCCAAACUCAAAAACACUCAGUUUACUAUUAGAGAAGACAAGCCACAUUUGCUUAAAAUGUGGCUUAAACAGUCAAUCGAUCAAUUUUCAGUUGACUAAUUUUUGAGCCAUUUCAGCUCUAUGGCCAAGAAUGAAUCGCAAAGUAGGUCAUUAAGACCCUGAAGGUUCACAGCUUCUGCCAAAAUCAAAUUCUGGUUUCCAGUUUGGCCACAGGAGGCGAAAAAAUUCAAGUUGGAUCUUAAAGCAAGAGGCUGCCAUUAUGCUAAAGUUCUCUUACUGUCAACAAAUCCCAUGAAAAGACUAAAACCAUCAGUCUGUCAAUGCUUUCUGACUUCCUGUCUCUGGCUCUCAGCUCCAAGCCCAUUGGUUCCUACUGAAGACAUAAAUCUUUAAACUGGAAUUAGUUCUAUUCCUCCACCGACCAGUCAAGUUGCAUUUCCAUCCAUGUCUGUCCAGGCUCAUAUCAUACAUGUAGUGAAGAAUUCAGUGUUUUGGCAAAAUGAAAGUUUCCAGUGACUAAUGUCCAGUGAGGAACAUGUUGUCUUCACUGAGAGACUGUUUGUCCAGAGGACUGGUAGAGCUUCAUCACAUGGUGCAGCAACAAUCACCUAAAUAUCAAUAUCAGCAGAACCAAUCAUGUUGGACUGCAAUGCUUAUGGAUGUUGCUGCAAAGAAGCUACAAACAGUAAAACGUGGACGCUUCACACACAUGUUCAACCUGCAGCACAGCAGAUCUCUACAAUCAGCAGAGACGCCCAAGAUUAGAGUCAUCAGUUCAGUAUCUGAGCAAAUGUGAAAUAUGGUCACAAUCUGCCUUCUGUUCCUGCUGAAUAAUGGCCAGAGAAGCGUUUCUGCACAACACUAUGAUGUCACAGUGCUGCUGACCUUUGACCUUUUGGAUAGAAAAUGUCAUCACUUCAUCCUUUUAUCCUCUGAGACGUUUGUGUGAAGUUUUGUCAUAAUGAGCACGUGAAUUCUGGAAAACAUGUUUCGUGAGGUCACAGUGAUCAGUCAACCCUUGAGUCCAAAUGGAUGUUUCUGGCGAGUUUGAAGAAAUUACCUAAAGGCGUUGCUGAGAUAUCACAGUAACAAGAAUCAUAAUGAGGCGUGGAGGCAUGAAAACACAUCACCAAUGGAAAAAUAGUUUGCUAUAAGAGCUGCUCACUGUAGCUUUUAUCAAACCAACAGAAGGAAAUGGCACAUUUGUCUGGGACUAUUUUCAGCGGCGGAUUAAUCCACAUUUGGUGCUUUAGUGAGUGUGGCCGCAGGACUUGGACUGAAGGAACAUCAGUGUAACAGUGUGGCCCUACGCCUCGGAGGAGGAAGACUUUGGAUACACACAGUACUUGUUAGUAGGAUCGAUUCAUUAUUUUCUGGGAUUUGUUGACAGUAAAAACUAUGAUCCUUUAAGCUUGUCUCAUCCAUUGAUAUAAAUCAUCAGGCUUGUUGGUAACAUAGCAGCUGUGUGUGACCCAACAUGACUUCGGGGUGUUGAAACAGGAGAACUUUAAACUCGAAAGUUGCCUGUUUAGCAGAAAUUUCCCUGCAGCUUUGCUUGUUUUGCAGCUGUAGCUUUGUUUACAGAUGACCUGCAGUGACAUUUAACUGACAGCACAGCGACAAGGCCUCGACGUUAAGAUUGUCAAAGCCAUGUUUCUCUCGUUUUCUUCCAUUUAUUUUAUGGAAUAAAUAAUGGUGUACCCUGACUGCCUCUUUGCUUCACUGGGUGACUCAAGUUUACAGCAGCGGAUGUCAGGUGGAACCACCGUGUCUGCUCUAAAAUCUAAAAUCGUGUUAAGUCGUCGAGUGAUUUGGCGGGACGGACAGUCAAUAGUUCCGCGGUUAUAUCGAUUGGACCAUUAUUAGAGACGUCCAGAACCGUAAAAACUGCACAAAGUCAAAUAUACGAUUUAAGACUUGUUAGCUAGAAUUAAUAAGACAUGGGAGAACAACCAAUGAGAGUUUGACCUUCAUGUACUUCGCCUGUGGGUUUAAUCACUAGAUGUUGUUGUGUUUGAAUCCAAGUUUUUAUUUUAUUUUCCAAUAUUUAUCAUCCACAGUCACUAUGCUAGCAAGGCUAAAAAUAAAAUAAAUAAAACAAUGGAUAUAAGAUGGAUCUGAAGUCUUCACACGGAGCAUGUCUACAGAUGCACAGAUUGUAAAGCCUUGACAAAAACUGCUGAUUUUUGAAAUAA